CAAAUUUGAAACAGUCCAAACCAUAGAACUUAACCAUGUACUGAUAACGUCCUAAAUUUUAUUAGUGUCGCUUCAAUUCAUAUGGAAAAGUACUAUAUUUGAACAAAGCAGCUGUAAAAUGACAAAGCUCGGUGUUUUCGUGUUCUGUUUGUUCUUUAUAUCCAAUGAAUGUUUUAUAUUCGAUGAUCAAACUGAUGGAAGUAGUAUCUUGCCAACUUUAGCUGAGCCUCCACUGAGGAUCGGCUCCUUCAACAUUCAAGUGUUCGGAACGACAAAGAUGGCACAUUCAGAUAUUGUGAAUAUUCUAGUCAAGAUACUCAGUCGCUACGACAUAGUCCAGAUUUUGGAAAUCAGAGAUUCUACUAAUACCGUUUUCGAGAAGCUACGUGUUGCUCUAAACAACUACGUAUCCAAAGGUAAAGGUGGAGAGGUUUAUCAGAAGGUUGUAAGUGACCGUCUGGGGCGUACUAGCAGUAAAGAACAGUACGGAUUCCUGUAUAAAAGUUCUAAGGUUUCGGUUGCAGAUACAUACCAGAUUCGUGAUACCCACGACUAUUUUGAAAGAGAACCUUUCUGUGUAAAGUUUUCGUCCCCAAAAACAACUGUUCAAGAUUUUGUUAUGGUUGCAAAUCAUAUACAACCGAAGCACGCCGCAGAAGAAAUGGACAACCUAACUAAAGUUUAUGAAACAUUGAAAAGACACUGGCAUGUUAAGGAUGUUUUACUUGCUGGGGAUUUCAAUGCUGACUGUAAUUAUCUGAGCUUAAGCGCAUGGAAGAAUAUAUCGCUUAGAACUGACGGGAGAUUUGAAUGGUUAAUCGAUGACGAUACAGAUACAACCGUAUCUACAUCAGCCUGUAGUUACGACAGAUUCGUUGUUGCCGGGGGUAAACUCUUAGAUGCAGUUGUUCCUAACAGCGUACAGGCAUACCGAUUUGAUGAAAUAAUGGGACUAGACAAAGCAAUGGGUUUACGGGUCAGUGAUCACUAUCCUAUUGAAAUGGAACUAAAGGGAAAUCCAAACAUGAACACACAGCAAGCUAUCCAUACAUCAAUAUCAUUCACCGUAAAAGACACCAAACCCGUAGCUAAUGUCAACGACUUAAGAUACAUUUACCGUACACCUUCGUGUGCAGAUACCCACAUCACAAUUAAAGUAGAACGAGAAGACACCCAUAUGGACUUUGUUCAGGCACACUUCACAACCGAGGAUCCCAAUCAAAUAAUGGUUGAAUUGAAGAGUUUUAGAAAUAACUGUGCCGGAACUUUAUCAGCAGAGCUGCUGACAAUGGUACAGGGUUACAUACAGUCUCAUUUUCUAACAGAAGCAAAACCUGCUGUUUAUGGCCUUGUGUAUGCCAUCAAAAAGAAUAUGUUUGAAGUAACAAUUAAAUGUUCAUUAUCAUCACCAUAUAUUUGUGAUGUUACCGUUUCAAAAAAUAUAAGUUAGAAAAUAAAGUUGUGUAGAAGAA